AUGAAGCGCUUCUCUUCCUUAGUGUCUGCGAUCAUCCUUGACUUCGGUAGCGCCACGACACUGCAGAACUACCGAAGAUAUGCCACAGUGGUGGGAGACGCACAUGAGCAGGUGAACCCUCAGCAACAGCACGAAGAGAGGUCUGAGGAACAGCAGCGGCGGCGCACAGGUGCCACAGGAAACUCUCUUGGCGCCGUUCCUGACGAAGAGGCGCCACGGCGGCGCAACAUCGUGGUGCUCAGCAACACCACCAAGGCCGUAUACAUGCAUCCAACGAACCACAUCGCCUCUUGGUAUUGGUUUAUUACUGAUUUCCACAAGUGGUUUGUUGGGAUCAUUUCUCUUUUCGUCGGCACGCAGGUUAUUGCGCGCUAUCGCGUGUCGAAGCUUCAAACGGCGACGCAGGCACAGCUUGGAGAGAACUUGUUAGACCAGCGCACGCGUGAUUUACUGAGCGAUAUUGAGGUACUUCGCAAGAAAGACCCAAUUCGGCUAGAGCAUGAAGCGAACAUCUAUCACGAGCAGUUCUGGAAGCGACGUGCGCUGGCGGUGGCUGAGUCACGGAAUCAGGUGCGGUCGCUCGAAAUUCAACGCGGCAAGAUGCAAGGCGAAGCGCGAGGCACCGACAUGACGGAGUGGUUAGGGGCAAAGGCGAAGGACGACGAGGAGCGCGAAGUUGCACGUUGCACGCAGGACUACAUCCAAGGAUUUCAUCAACACCUGAAAUCGAAGCGCCUCAUCUAA